CGCACCUGUCGCUAUUACCACCUGCGACAGGAUAUCAAAAUGGACUCAACCGGUUGGGCUGUCUCACAGCUCUCAAGGCUUCUGCCUCUAGAUGAUGAUUCCCUGCGACAGAUUAUCUCUUAUACAGAGUCAUUAUCAAACAAGGACGCAGCAGACCAUCUUCAAAAUCUACUGGGAGAUACCCCACAGGCCCUCGAAUUCAUCUCUUCAUUUAACAACCGAAGGAAAGGCAAGAGUGCAACUACAUCGGCCCAAGGAACAGUUAGAAAUGAUAUUUCUGAGGUCCCCAGAUCUAAACCGCGCAAGAAGAAGGCAACGAAUCUGGGAAAACUUCCACCACCACGGCAGCCAGAUAAUUACGGAAAUACGAGCGGUGGCUAUGUCAAGAAAGAUGAAGAAGAUUACAUGACUUCCAAUUCUAAGACGAAAACCACAAAAACCAACAAUUUCGCCUUGUCAGAGACGCCUGACAUUACAUCUAAGUUAACACCAUCCUCUGGUACAUCAACCCCGAAAUCCCGAGGGAUCUCGCCAGCACCAGCACCGGCCCCAAAGUUGCCUCCUUCAGCUGCCGGACAGCUCAUCUCUGAAUCAAAAUCAUCCCGUAAUUCAUCCCCAAAGCCAAAGGCAAAGGUCACCGUUCAAGGUGGCACGCCUAUGCAUGGCGCUUCAACGGCUUUGAGCGAUCUGGAGUCGGCGAUUCGUGCCCUUGAGAUUCAGACAAACCCAUCAUUGUCAUCAACGCGGGAUAAUGCGAAGCGCAAGUGCAAUUGCAUGGCUUCUCGGCAUCCUCUUCUCGAUGCGGCCCCUAACUGCAUGAAUUGUGGCAAAAUAAUAUGUGUCAAGGAAGGUAUCGGGCCAUGUACAUUUUGCGGAACCCCUCUGCUCAGCUCGUCCGAAAUCCAAUCCAUGGUCCGUGUUCUGCGCGAGGAGCGCGGCAAGGAGAAGAUGGCAAUGAACAAUGCAUCUCAGAAGCGGGCCGAAGUAUCGAUGGCACCACGACCUUUCUCUACUCCAAACGAAUCAACCCCGGUGUCGUCCAAUCCGGCUUCUGAUAGCGAAAGCGAGAAGCUGGCCAGAGCAAAACAACAUAGAGACAAAUUGUUGGCCUUCCAAGCACAAAACGCACGGCGUACGCAAGUCCAUGAUGAAGCAGCCGACUUUGAAACCACCACGGCUGGUCUUAGUAUGUGGGCAACCCCACAGGACCGAGCAAUGCAAUUGAAACGGCAGCAAAAGGCCCUUCGUCAGCAAGAAUGGAAUGCUGCUCCAGAGUGGGAGAAGAGGAAAAUGGUUGCCAGUAUCGACUUAGUUGGUGGAAAGGUAGUCAGAAGAAUGGCUGCCGCAGAACGGCCACAAACACCUGAAAGUGAGGAGGAUGUACCAGAACCUCCCGCGAGCCAGAGCAACGAGAACGCUACUGGAGGUGGAGCAUUUAGCAGAAAUCCCCUGUUAGGCGGCAAAUUAAUUAGACCAACAAUACGAGAUGUAGGGACAGGAAAAGGCAAGGAAAAACAGAGACAGCAGAAGCAAGCAUGGCGAAGAGUUCAAGAUGAUAGGGAUGAUAAUGAAGAGUUGAUUCUGGACGGUGGGAUACAUGGAGGCAAGGGUCUUACGCUUGAACAGGAUGGAUGUGGGUAGCCGGAAAACAUGGCCUCCACAGUCUAUUAGGAAAGGCGGCAUUAAAGCUCUUGAGCACACUCUUCGAGUUACUACAGUAGUUGUCUUUCAGAAGACGAGCUCUAUCAAAUUUGACUGUGCAGCAAAGUCUGUGCAUGACGACAACUCUCUGCCCCGGGGACAUGAUUUACUAAAUCUUGUAAUUAUUAUUCCUCAAACAAUGAAUAGAACCGACUAUCAUUCUC